AUGCCUGAGCCUGUCAAGGCCUCCAAGGAGGAGGAGGUACCUGUCACCAAGGCAGCUGAAGCUAUCCCUGUCAAGCCACCAAGCGAGAGGGAACAGCUUCUUGCACUUCUCCGACACAACUUCAUGCUGAUCGAGCGCAGUGUCUCGCACAUUGAACAGCGUUUCACUGCUCGUGUUCUACGAACACUCCCUUACGUCAGGAGAAAGGUCAACACCUACCCCGAAGUGCUGGCCCUUGCCGUGCAGGAGGGCAUCCUUGCAAAUGGUCAGGAUGAAGCCACUCAGAAGCAUCUCUUGACCUUGUUGCCACAGCCUUACAAGCCCGAGCCUUCCUCCGCUAAGAACGCUAGCACAACCGCCGCUGCUUCUUCGGAUGCCAUGGACGAAGACAGCGCCGAGCCCAAGGCUGAAGGCGAGAAGGAUUCCAAGACUGCCGCUGCCACCACUCCUGCCGCCGCAGCGCCCACAUCGAAGCUCGCUCAGAGGCAGCCUGAAGCUCAGCCAGAGCUUGUCGCUUACUUGCGCCUUCUCACGCUUGUCCACCUCAUCGACAACAAGAAGCUCGACGCUGCUUCUGACGAGGCUGUUGCUUCCAUCUCCACCAUCACCACUCACAACCGAAGGACACUCGACCACCUUGCUGCCAAGACCAUCUUCUACUUAGGCAGGGCUGAGGAGCUCAAAGCAGAGCAAGCCAAAGCCAAGGGUGCCCGUGUCGAGGGCGGUCUCACUGCGAUUCGCAGUCAAUUGCUUGGCCUUCAGCGCACAGCAUCCCUCCGACAUGACACCGAGACGGAAGCGACUAUCAUCAACUUGCUGUUGCGAUCGUACAUCGUUGAAGCCAACUUGUAUGAUCAGGCUGACAAACUUGUUGCUCGUGCUCCUUUCCCGCGAUCCAGCGCCAGCAACCCUCAAGUGGCCAGGUACGACUACUAUGUCGGACGUAUCCGUGCUGUUCAGCUCGACUACACUCAGGCACACGUGCAUCUUCAGCAGGCUAUUCGACGUGCACCACAAGCCUCGCUGCCGCAGGAGACCGGAGCUGGAAGUGACGGUGCAGCAGCUAGCACCACUGCCGCCACUGGUGCAACUGCUACUUCUGCUUUCAAGGCCGAAAGCAAGGAGGCUGCUGCCAAGAAAGAGUCCAACCCUGUCGGACAGUCGCAGACCGCAGCUGGCUUCUUGCAAACUGCGUACAAAUUCCUCGUUGUCGUCGAGUUGUUGAUGGGUGAGAUCCCCGAGCGAUCUAUCUUUCGCACCCCUGUCCUGCGCAAAGCCCUCGCACCAUACAUGGAGAUCGUCCAAGCCGUCCGUGUUGGUGACCUGCAACGAUUCCAAUCUACCCUGCAAAAGCACACGUCCCUCUUUCAAACCGACAAGACCUUCUCCCUCAUCGUCCGACUUAGACACAACGUCAUCAAGACGGGUAUUCGCAUGAUCUCACUCUCCUACUCGCGCAUUUCUCUUGCCGACAUCACGCACAAGCUCCACCUCGAAUCGGAAGAAGACGCGGAAUACAUUGUCGCCAAAGCCAUCCGUGACAACGUGGUCGACUCAAGAGACACAAGGGUAGACCACGAAAAGGCAGAGGUGGUCAACCGAGAGACGAAGGAUCUGUACGAAACGGACGAGCCGAUGCAACAGUUCCAACAGAGGAUUCAUUUCUGUUUGCAAUUGCACAAUGAGAGUGUCAAAGCCAUGAGGUAUCCUUUGAACGGUCACAAGGCGGAGCUGAAUAGUGUAGCGGAGGCUCAUGAGAGGGAGAGAGAGUUGGCCGCCGAGAUUGCUGAUGGUGAUAUGGAUGACGAUGAUGACGAUUGGGCUUAG